AUGGAAAUCAAUGCCCUGACGACAGAGUUUCCAGCUAUGGAGCUCCUAGAAUGGAUAAACAACAGUAAGGUGGAGCCAAGGGAAGAGCUGGAUGUGGUGGAAAGCCUGGUUGGCAAGAAGAGAAUGAAGGGCCAAAUACACUACCAGGUUAAGUGGCAGCGCUACCCACCAGAGUUUAACACAUGGAAACCGUACAAAAAUCUGGCUGGACAGCCUCCAGUACCGCUGGGAGGGCCAGUACACGGGGUAGUUACCUACCCCCACAUUCUGGACCAGGAGUAUAAUAAGGCCAACAUCCCCGAACAGUUCUUCAAACAACUUUACUUCUCCGAUGAAGAACUGUUCAGGGGAAACUAUACUGGAGGUGGUGCCCAUGAAGCACAGAACCCCGCCAUCCUCGGUGCCAUUCUGGCGGAGACUAACAGGCAGUACAAAGAUGAAAAGAUCAAGCUGUACAAAGUGGUCACUGAGAAAUGCUGCAGGGUGAGGGCAACCCACAAGGCACGCAAGAACAAGCCAGUUGCCCUCCCGGAUGCCAACCGACAACAAAGACAGCAGGACCUUAUGAUCAGCACAGUGGUUGGGGAUGCCCUGUUGUCCCUGUGA